AAGGAAACGGAGAAGAAGCGCAGCGCCAGUUUCCGCUUAAAUCCAGCAGUGUGUGACAUUUUACCUCAGUUUAUUAAUCAUGGACAUCCGGCCGAAUCACACCAUCUACAUCAACAAUGUUAAUGAUAAGAUCAAGAAAGAAGAGCUGAAGAGGUCACUGUACGCCUUAUUCUCGCAGUUCGGCCAGAUUAUGGACAUCGUGGCUUUGAAGACCAUGAGGAUGAGGGGUCAGGCGUUUGUGAUCUUCAAGGAGCUUUCAGCAGCCACCAAUGCCCUCAGACAGCUUCAGGGAUUCCCUUUCUACAAUAAACCCAUGCGAAUACAGUAUGCAAAGACAGACUCCGACUUGGUCUCUAAGAUGAGAGGCACGUAUGGAGAUAAAGAGAAGAAGAAAGAGAAGAAAAAGAAAGCUCAGGAACAGGCAGCCAACGCCAACAAGAAGCCGGCGGGAACUGUAAACACACAACCUCCUCCACCUGCCACAGUCCAGAUCCCGGAUAACCCUCCAAAUUAUAUUCUGUUCCUGAAUAAUCUUCCUGAAGAAACCAACGAGAUGAUGCUCUCCAUGUUAUUCAACCAGUUUCCUGGCUUUAAAGAAGUGCGUUUGGUGCCUGGAAAACACGAUAUUUCGUUUGUGGAGUUUGAAAGCGAAGCUCAAGCAGGAGUGGCAAAAGAUGCACUUCAGGGGUUCAGAAUCACAGCCACGUGUGCCAUGAAGAUCACCUACGCCAAAAAGUGACCUGGCAAACAUUUUAAUGGACUGUAACUGAGGAUUAUUACUAAUGAUCUUCGACUUUUGAUUUGUUUUUGACUUUUACAUUAGUUGUUCAACUAUUAUUUCUUUUUUUUCUUUUUUAUAUGGAUCUUAUCUGGUCUCUGAGGAUAUUUUGACAUUCCAGGACAUGGAAAAAUUCUUAAUUUUGUACUGUGGACUGAAAAGGUUAGCUUAUAAAAUAAAUGUCACCUCGCCCUCCCAUAUAA